CAUCCUCUUCCACAAACCAAAUUUUGUUGCGAACUGCAUUCGCCAUUCUAUCUUGGAAGAACCUUCUUUCGUAAUCUGUGUGUUUGGAUACCAGCUGCCGCACCAGUGGUGUUGUGAAUAUUUGUUCAGACUUGGGUUAGAUUUGAUUCCAUCGUCUCGGGAUUAGGAUGCCUCGUGGUGGAACGGCAAAUCGUGGAAAGCCUCGCCAUAAGGGCCGUGGAAAGCACUACACCACUGAGGGAGAUCGCGAAGCAGAAGCCGAGCGUGAGCGCAAGGAGAAAGAAUGGAGAAUGAAGAAGGGUAUCACGGACGAGGACGGAUCAGAGAAGGAAGAGAAGUCUGAAGACGAAUCCGAGGGGUCUGAGGAGGAGAGCGAGUCGGAGGAGGAAGCCAGUGUCGAUACCAAGAAGGCCGCGGCAGAAGCGGAUGCCGCUCGCGAUGCCCGCAGACAGCCACGCGCAGCCGCAGCAGGUGCCUCGGCAGCUGCAGCCGCAGAGUCUGGAUCUGAUGACGAAGACGAUGGAGGCGGACAAAAAGGUGUGCAGCAUCUUAUCGACAUUCAGAAUCCCAAUCGGGCGCAGAAACGUAUGAAGAAAGCGUCGGACGUCUCCGCCAACGACAAGGUGCAGCUGUCACGUCGAGAAAGAGAGGAGCUCGAAAAGCAGAAGGCGAAGGCGCGCUACGAGAAGAUGCACUUGGCCGGCAAGACGGACGAGGCUCGUGCCGAUCUCGCUCGCCUGGCCCUCGUCCGCAAGCAGCGCGAGGAGGCGGCCGUGGCGAAAAAGCGGAAGCAGGAGGAGGAGAAAAAGAAAGCGGAGUCGUCUCGUGCGAAGCGGUAGUCCUGAGUGGUCUCACACUUUAUCGCUCGCCGUCCGAGAGUGGCUGCGCGCGAGUGUGCACGUGCGUGCGCGAGCUACUACUGUACAUUAACUGCGUUGAGGGCGGGCAUGCGUUGCUCGCGCACGCGUGCUGCUGCAAAAACUGAUGCAUGUGUCGCGGCCAAGACACGCGCUGCCCCGCACGUGAUUUCGUGUUCCGCUUGUCUUCUGCAUUCCUCUACCCGUCGUGCCCUGGUGUCUUGCGCAUACCCGUCUGUAGCUGACCACCACUGCUUGGUAACGGCGAGGCUUUGGAUUCCACCAGUUAACAGGGUUUUUUCCGUAUUUGAACCGACAAUCUUGAUGGCCGAGUCGAGCAGUGCAUUUGAUAUUUUUGUUCGCCUUCUCCUCUCUUUCUCUCUCUCUCUCUCUCUCUCUCUCUCUCUCUCUCUCUCUCUCUCUCACAGGAGUGUCGUUAUUUUCUGUGUCACACUGCUGUGCUUCUGUUCGGGCGACUCAACUGCUUCUGUUCUUCCCCUCUUUUUAUUCACUAUAAAUCUUCCAUCCUCUACGUAACUUCAAUUCAGUUGCGGCUGGUGCUGACCGUA